UCGCGUAAGCCGUCCUCUGGAGACAAAAGGUUCGAGCUCGUGAGACGGGCGGAUACGACUAGGAGGCCCACCAUAAGCCCAUAAGCUAAGAAGAUUUUUCCCAAGGAAGCGUUAAGAGAUCUGAUGGGUCGACCUCCACAGAGCGGAGCCCCGGCUUUUCGUUUUACACCGAAGGAAGUUUCGGAGAUGGAAGCUUGUUUGCAAGAAGUUAAUAAUACAAUACCAAGUCGGGAAGUGCUCCUUACUCUCGCUGAAAAGUUUAGUGCAUCUCCUGAACGAGCAGGAAAGAUUGUUGUGCAACCAAAGCAGGUGUGGAAUUGGUUCCAAAACAGAAGGUAUGCUCAGAGGGCAAAAUCAAUCAAGACUCCUGGGAAGCUGAGUGUCUCACCUAUGCCUCGGGAUGAUACAGUUCCAGUGAGAAAUAUACCUCAGCCUGUAACUGUUCCUGCUGGAAGGAGUUCUUCAGAUGGUAACACUCACAUGGAAUUUGAAGCAAAAUCUGCUAGGGAUGGGGCAUGGUAUGAUGUUGCGACCUUUAUUUCACAUAGAAUGUUUGAAACAGGUGAUCCGGAAGUUCGAGUUCGCUUUGCAGGGUUUGGAGCAGAGGAGGAUGAGUGGGUUAACGUGCGCAGGAAUGUGAGGCAACGAUCUCUCCCAUGUGAAGCAUCAGAGUGUGUUGCAGUACUUCCUGGAGACCUCAUACUUUGUUUUCAGGAAGGUAAAGAACAAGCUCUUUACUUUGAUGCUCAUGUUCUUGAUGCACAAAGACGAAGGCAUGAUGUAAGAGGAUGUCGUUGUAGGUUUCUAGUGCGCUACGAUCAUGAUCAAUCUGAGGAAAUUGUGCCACUUAGAAAGGUUUGCCGCCGGCCAGAAACUGAUUAUAGGUUGCAACAACUCCAUGCUAUGAAGGAGUCUGCGUCAGCUGAUCUGCGGAAUGUUGGAAAAGAUCCUUCUCUUGUCAGCACGUCUAGGGAUAUCAACUCAGCAGCUCAGCUGGCACGAAAACAGCGUAAACCGGAGGAGAACACAGAUGAAAUGGUUGCAGCAACUCUUUCUCAAGCCAAAGAUCCUGUAACCACAAAUGCCAUAACUAUGGAUAUAAAGAAGUCUCAAAAUGGUCCAGAGAAUAUUGUGGGAACUUCUGAUAUUCCUAUGGGUGAUGCUACAACUACUGUGGCAACAGUGGCUAGCACUGGCACAGGUACUGGGCCUGCAGGCCCCUGUUCAGGCACUAUUGAGAAAAUACAAGAAGGAAGAUAGGGGCGAAAUAGGUCUUUUCCCAUUCUUCCAAUUUUUUGUUUUUUGGUCCAUUGGGCUCCAAAUGUAUAUUUUGAAACAAGAAUGUUGGCUAGAGAGGUGGAUGCACGUUCUGACUGUAAAUGAUGGUAAUUUCAUUGCAAUGGUCAUAUAUUGAUCUUUUUGUUCUAAA